AUGGAGCGGGAGCAGCAGCAGCAGGGGACGGCCGGCAGCCGUGCCUCGCCUCAGGCUGGGGGCGCUGACCUCGCCACCCCAGGUGCGCUGGUGGGCGGCAGGCGGGGUGUACUGGGAGGGGUGGCAGGCCCGGGUGUGCUGGGAGGGGCGGACCAUGGGUGUGUAUGGAGAGGGGGUUUGGCGCGGCGCUCCCGGGUGCUGACCUGGCUGGCCCUGGAGACCGGCAGGGGCCUGGCUUUUUUGGACCCAGCCUCAGAGCCUUGCACCCCAACCACCUAA